AUUAGCGUUCUCCUGCCGGCACGCGGUAGCGCUGCGCUGCUGUACAGUGUGCAGGCGCCCGCGCGAUAUGUCGAACAGGACUCGCAAGAGUAGACGGGAGUGUGUUUACGUGCACAGACACACGUGACGCGGUGAAAAUCUGUGAAUCAGCAUUUCAGCGGAAUUGAUCCCCGUAGUCACGCGCAUCCCUCUGCCUCGGGAUCGCGCUGCGCAUUUGGCCGCGCGAGCGGAGUGGGUUGUAAUAUCCGGGUUGGCGGAGGACGGGAGGGAGUGUCUGUUCUGAGAUUUACACACACACGCGCGCUUCAGCCGCAGCGGAGUCACUUCGCUGCCCUGCCGUUAGCAUGCCCACGCGAUGCGUUCUUACACAGGCGGAGAGUGAUGGAAACUCGCUUUGAAAGGGAGGCGAUUUAGGUCGCGCGAGCCCGCCCUCGUCUGCACGUCGCGCGCGCGCGAGCCUGGGCUUUGCCAGCAUGGAGAGGACGCUGUCGCAUCUCGCCCCUGCACACGCGAGCUCGGGAUCUUUGCCCGCGGACGGAGCACACACGACGCGGAAGCUGGCGCGAGCAGGCGCGCACAGCCCCGGCUCAAGCUCGCGCGGUCGCUCCGGUCUGGUGGCAAACGACGUCCCCGCGCAGAGCACACGCGCGCGGCAGCUGGAAGGAGUGCUGAGCAAAUACACCAACCUGAUCCAAGGCUGGCAGAACAGGUACUUUGUGCUGGACCCAGACCUCAGCCAGCUUCAGUACUUUGUCAAUGAACAGGGGCGUGGCCAGAAGCCCAGAGGGACCCUCCCUUUGAUUGGUGCAUCGGUUACCCCGAGCGACGAGACGCCUCAUAUGUUCAUUGUCAGCUCGGCCAAUGGGGAGCUCUUCAAACUCAGAGCUGUAGACGUUAAGGAGCAGCAGUUAUGGAUGACCCAGCUACAGGCCUGCACCAGGCCACACUCAGACGGCAGUACCAAGGUAUCUCCCCACAACACCACCAGCGUGAGGAAGCUGAAGGAUUCUGAAGAUCACCUGUAUGAGGACGGGACAGCCAGCCUGGACACACAGGUGUCUUCAGGGCGGACGCGGAGUUUCUCUCUUCUUCCUCACAUCCCUCCAUCCUCUUCGCCUGGCCUGCAGAGGCACCUGGGUCACGGCGGGGGUCACAGCGGGGGUCACGGUGGGGGUCCCAGUAACAUCGUCACCAUCACCCACCACAAGUCUCCAGCAGCCGCUCGCCGUGCUAAACAGCAGUACCCAGGCAGACUGCUGGAGGUCAGGGAGGUGAUGUCCCAGGCAGAGGCCCAGCAGAGAAACCUGGUCCAGUCCAUUGAGGAGCUCCCUCGUCGGGGCUCCGUGUCCUGCUUAGACCAGGACCUUCUGCUACUCAAGGCUACCUCGGCGGCCACUCUCAGCUGCCUGGGGGAUUGUCUUAGCAUCCUACAGCACAGCCACGCCCAGACAGGCCACGCCCACGCCCGAGCCCCGCCCUCCGAUGGGGCUCCUGUGUGGACCAUCCCAAAGUCACCAUCAGCAGACUGUGUGCGGAACGGAGGCGCAACACCAAUGUGUUCUACGGGACCUUCACCUUUGCUCAGGAAGAAAGGCUCUACUCAGCACACAGAGGCAAGUGUGGAGCUGGUCUCCCCCAGUGAGGAGGUGACUGAUACAGAGGACAAUGUGGAAGAGGAGUUGGGGGUUCUGGAGGACCAGAGGAGUGUCAUACUACACCUCCUGUCUCAGCUCAAACUGGGCAUGGACCUGACCCGGGUGGUGUUGCCCACUUUCAUUCUGGAGAAACGUUCUCUGCUUGAAAUGUAUGCCAACUUCAUGGCCCAUCCGGAUAUGUUCCUGGCCAUCUCCAUGGCAACGACCCCAGAGGAGCGCAUGGUGCGGUUCGUGGAGUACUACCUAACUGCCUUCCACGAGGGACGCAAGGGGGCUGUUGCUAAGAAACCCUACAACCCCAUCCUGGGCGAGACCUUCCACUGCUCCUGGGCGGUCCCCCGAGACAAGCUCUGCCCUCUCCGAACUCACGGCCAUCCCAUUGGGGCCAGGGCGCAGGAACCCGACCCGGGGACCAAUCAGGAGGCGGCGGAGGCGGGUCAGGGCUCUUACCGGGUGCGGUUCGUGGCGGAGCAGGUUUCACACCACCCACCCGUGUCGGCGUUCUACUGCGAGUGCAGGGAGCGAGCGAUGUGUGUGAACACCCACGUCUGGACCAAGAGCAAGUUCAUGGGCAUGAGUGUGGGCGUGUCCAUGGUGGGUGAAGGUGUCCUGAGCCUACUGGACCACGGGGAGGAGUACGUGUUCACACUGCCGUGUGCCUACGCCCGCUCCAUCCUCACCGUGCCCUGGGUAGAGCUGGGGGGGAAGGUCUCCAUCACCUGCGCCAAGAGCGGAUACUCUGCUACCGUGACCUUCCACACCAAGCCCUUCUACGGGGGCAAGGUGCACAGGGUUACGGCAGAGGUGAAGCAGAACUCCACGGGCACCAUCGUGUGCAGGGCCCAGGGGGAGUGGAACGGCAUGCUGGAGUUCACCUACAGCAGCUCAGACAGCCGAGUGAUGGACACUGCCACUCUGCCCGUCAUUAGGAAACGGAUCCGCCCACUGGAGAAACAGGGGCGGAGCGAGUCUAGGAACCUGUGGCAGCAUGUCACCAGGGCGCUGAAAGAGGGCAACAUGGAUGCGGCAACAGAACACAAGCAUCACUUAGAGGAAGGGCAGCGAGCAGCAGAGCGACAGAGAGCUGCCAGUGGAUCACCAUGGAAACCGAAAUACUUCACAAAACAGGGCGAUGGCUGGAUCUACAACAAGCCUUUAUGGGAGACAUACUGAGACCUGUUCGGAGACAGACUGCGCAAACCUGUCCCACUGUGGUCCUCGUCGCAUGAUGGAGGGAUGAAAGCUGAACAGAGGAGAGAAGGAGAGAUGGAGGGAGGACGCGUGGACAGACAAAGGGGACCAAAUCAAUGACCUGGGCAUCCUGGUGUCAAAUGGAUAAACUUUGUGUUUAACUUUAGACGAAACCAGUCAUGAAUGGAACUGUGUCUGUUCUACCCAAGGCCAAGGACAUCACACCUGGCGUAGGGAACUAUGUACCCUCUUAAAUAGCCUACUUUUGUAUUCUGAUAUUAUACUAUAUAGAAAUACAUAUAUGAUAAUGUAGAACACAUCUAUUUUUCAGCUAGGCCUGUGUGACUCCUGUCUGUCUUUCUUCUGUCUGUGUGUCCGGGGCAUUUCCAUGUGAUUAUCGUUUUUGGUUUUAAGUCCACAAACUUUCGAUGCGUCUGCGUUUUGAAUAUUAGAAGCGUAGCUCAAAAUCUUCUCAAGUGUUCGUUUAUAAAAUUUUAACCUGAAGCUUCGUGUUUGAAGAUUUUCUUCUUGGCCAUUGAACGUCAUUAACAGUAGGACGGGGCGUGUUUCCCACUCUGAAGUGUCUGAAACGGCCGGAGACGAAGGUGUGAUGAUGAAGGUGUGAUGAUGAAGGUGUGGUUAAAUACCUCUGGCGCCUCCAGAGACCCUGAUUCAGUUCAAAUGGCACAUCACCUGGCAUGUGUACAUGGGUUGUGUCACCGGGUCAGUUCCGGUGUCCUGCCGUGUGACGGGCCUGACCAGAAUGCCAUUGUUGAGGACAACUGACAGGAAGUGUGACGCCACUCCGGCUGCGUAUGAACCCACUAGUUUCCAUAGUGAUGGAGGCGGGAAUCCCACACUUCACCAUACAUGCUCCCAGGCACACAGCAGGGCGGAUCAGCAGGUAUUAUUAUUAUUGGAAACAUACAGACCUGUUUUUUAAAGAUGUUAUUUUGCAAAUUUCUCUACACAGAUGCACUUUUGUUCACAAAAUGCUCUCACACUUAGUGUUGAUCAGAGUACUAGGUUAGGACUGAGAUUUUGACUCUCGUCUGGCAGUAAGACGUGGGACAUUUCAUGUUGAUUCCUUACAUAACCUGAUCGUUGGUUUCAGAUGCUGGCUGGGCUAAUAAAUGAAAGAUUGCUGUACCCAGUGAGCAUCAUGUAAUUUGCAUAAUUUGAUUCAGGCUAAUUGGGGCAUUCAGGCUUGAAUUUCAUUGGUCAGGUUAGCAGGUAAAUUUGGUUUUGUUGGACCCACCAUCUCAAGUUCGUGGUGGGUUUGGCUGGCUGAGUGUAUGAACUCACGGGAAACGUCAUCAGACUUGUUUUGUUGGUAUUCCAUAGAAAGGUCAUGACAACCUUGUGUCUUUGAUGUGUUCAGAAAUGUCUGGACUGUUAUUUGUUAUUCAAGUGCUAAUAAAAGGAAAAGAAAUCUCUAAUGCUGUAGCUGUGUACUGGAGACUUGACACGGUGAGUGUUUUUUCAUUAUUAGUAGUAGUAAUAAUCAUUCCAAUAUAUGUAGUAAAUAACCAAGAAAACCCCCAUGGUAUUUUAGUCUUGGUUUAUUUUUAAAAAAAGGAAUCGGUUCAAGAUGGUUGAUGUUCUGUGUCGCCCUCUAGUGAGCGACCACAGAAGUGCACCGCCGACUCCAUGGGACAUUGGAAACCUUCAUCAGACCAGCCAGCUUUGUUUCCCUUACAAAAUUUAAUGUUUCCUUUUCAUCACAUCCAUGUUGCAACUUUCUGAGCCAAACAACUGAACUGUAAAGCUUGUGGCAAGAGACAAUGAAAAUAAAUAAAAAAACAAUAAGGGAAUAAAAAAUUAAAAAGUAACAAGAAUUCAGUUUUAAUACAGUGACAAUAACAAAAAGAAAAACAGUACCCUAAAAGUCCAACGUACCUCCCCUAGCAAUCAUACAUUAAAAACAAACACUCCAAUGUUACAUUAAUGCUCACCUGCAUCCUCAAAACUGAUUUUGAAAAUAAAUUGCUAAAUUGCAUUCCUAUAUAUUCUCCACCUGUGCAUAAAUACAACACAGAAUAUGUCAGUCCAUGAAGUUCCACCGACACACACCAGAGUUCCCAGUAGAAAUGAUAAAAGUAACCGUGGCAAAGCAGCAGAGGAAACGGCAGGAAACAUCAGCGCUCAACGUACCCAGCAAACCGACAGACUAGGAAUGUGUUUUGUAAAUGCACUGAAUUUGUCUAUCUCACACAAACAUACACAAACAAUAACAGCUGAAAGAUUGGACUAUUACGAAGAAUCUUCCAUGGGCCUACUAUUGCACCAUGAGGCACUCCGCAGAUGCAGCCUUAACAAUGUAAGACUGGCCCCCUCCCUGCACAUGGCCCCCAAACCCCCUUUACAUCUUUACAAUUUAUGAUGCAUAUCAAAAUGGGCUGCACUGAACUGCAGCAGCCGUGCAGCUCAUAUACACGUAACACAGGGGUGUUGUUUAAAUACUUGUUCAUAGCUGCAGACCCUGACAGCGUCCACGUUUACAUUCUACUGGUGUUUGAAAGUUUACUCAAACAAACACACAUUUAGCCAGUCAGUGUCAGCUACAACACAGGUCAUCACGGGAAGACAGAUCUGUCCAUCCUAGGAGUAAGAUAAUCACACGUUUGUGCUGGCACAGUUUCACCUGUAGAGCCCUGAGCACGAACAGGACAAAUAUCUUACCAAAGCGACUAUCACACAGAGAGCCAGGCCUCAUCUGCCUUCAGCUCCAACAUGAAAUAAACCGUGGCCCAGGCAAGUCUAGGAAGCUAAAGAACGCACACAUUCCGUUCCAUUCAAGGUUCUGUUUGACCCAGGAGCUCAGACGCUGUACAGAUGUAGUUCUGUCUGCAGGUUGAGCUCCUUGUCCUGAUAUGUGAUACAAUGUAAGAAAGUCAAAUUAUUUCCCCAAAGCAUCUGACGUUAUACCACACUUUGAGUACAGCAAAAAUAAAACAUUCACAUUCACAAAGAAUAUCUAGACUGCCAAUCAUUGCGGUCAUUAAACCAAACCCUGCGAAGUACAGCAGUACAUCAUAAAAGCAUAGAAAACACACCUAAAAACGACCUAAAAAAUCCCCAGAACAAGCCAACGUAUGUGAACCUUUCCGAACAGUAUUUUACAAGACAUAUUUACAUCGCUUUUCCAGAUUAAUGUAUCCCAGAUAUGGCAGCUAUUACAGGACAGAUAAAUAUUGAAGCUGUAUUGCUAAGCUAGUUCCUCCAUCCUGCCCACACCUGCAGGACCCCAGAACAGCUUAGCAGACAGAACCCUGCCCACCUCUCCAGAUGUGGCGCCUCCAUGUACCACCCAGCAAACCCAAGGCUCUUUGGCGGAACUCCAUUAGUAACUUUGCUAACACACCACUUCUCAACCUGCACCAGACAAUCUUCAAGGAAAGAGACAAAACGAAUAUAAAAGGCUGAACUUGUGCUGUGUGCCAUCCUAUACAUUCAAGUCUAAGAGU